CAAGCUUCGUCGACUUCACUUUCACUCUAGCCAUGUUGUCGUUUUGGCUUCUUCUUCUUCUCGGCCCACCCGCAGCCCUUAUAAUCUCAACACUCCGUGCAAUACUGCGCAACCAUGCAAUUGCGCGCAAGAUCGGGCUACCGAUCAUUCUCGUGCCCAUUAGUCCCGAAAACCCCCUAUGGAUGAUUCUUGCGCCCUACUUUAUUCACUGGCUGCAGUACCUUCCCUUUGGCUCCGGCUAUUUCUCACGCUUCUGCCACAUCGGCUGGGAGUUUGACGAAAAGUAUCGUGCUCAUCUUGAGUUCGGCGACGCCUUUCUGUUUGUCACUCCUGGUAAAAACUGGAUCUAUCUCUGCAACGCAGAAUCGGUCCACGACAUCAUCCUGCGCGAACGCCGUCAUGAUUUUGAGAGGCCAGUUGAACUCCUAGUAGCCAUGCUUGAUGUGUUCGGACCGAAUAUAUCGACUGUGCAAACUCACGACUGGCAGCGUCAACGUAAAGUAACUGCCACCGCAUUUACCGAGAAGAACAACAGGAUUGUUUGGACGGAAGCCCUGGAGCAGGCACAGCAAGUGCUCAAGUUCUGGCAAAAUACCGGUCAGGUUCAGAGUACCGCUAUCGACUCGAGGACCGUAGCUCUUGAUGUAUUAAUGAGCGCUGGGUUUGGCAAGUCGUUCCCUUUCCAAGGCGCUUCCGCAAGGGCAAAACACGGCCCUAUGAGCUACCGAGACUCUCUUGCGCUUAUCCUGGAAAAUGCAAUCCUCAUCCUGGCCAUGGGACCAGACUUCGUCAGCCGCAUCAAGUUCCCAGCAAAGCUUGCGCGUGUCGGAGAGGCUAUUACUUCCUUUAAGACAUACAUGGUCCGAGCCUUUGAAGACGAGAAGAAGGUCAUCCUAGAGGACCACGUACAACGAGAAAACCUCAUGACAGCCCUUGUUCGAGCCUGUGUAAAGCCAGCUGUCCAUGAUGGAGAUACAAGUGCAGAAGGAAUCAAACGGUUCAACCUGUCUCAAGAAGAAGUCUUUGGCAACAUGUUUGUCUUCAACUUUGCCGGCCAUGACACUACAGCCCACUCCUUAGCGUUCACCUUCUACCUGCUAGCUGCAUAUCCCGACAUACAGGAUUGGAUGAACGAAGAGAUUUGUCACAUUUUUAAAGACGACGAUAGAACAAAGUGGAACUACGAUGACAGCCAAAGGCUCAAUAGAUGCUUAGCAAUUUUGCUUGAAACUUUGCGCUUAUACAAUCCUCUUCUCAGUGUUGUCAAAGGGACACAAAACAACACUACUGAUCUGGCGAUUGGCGAACAUGUUUAUCCGAUUCCUCCCAACACUCGCGUAAUCAUCAACUUGAAUGCUCUUCACUCUCACCCCCGCUAUUGGGGUGAUGAUAGUCUUGAGUUCAAGCCAUCCCGCUGGAUCCUGAUCAAGGAAGGCGACGGCCCAGCUAUUGACCGUGAGUAUCUCUACACUCCUCCCAGAGGCGCGUAUCUUCCUUGGUCCGAUGGAAAUCGCGCAUGUCCAGGUAAGAGGUUUGCGCAAGUUGAACACGUUGCACUCAUGGCGUCUCUCUUCCGUGAUAAUCGUGUUGAGCCGGCAAAGCUGGAGGGAGAAAGCGACGAACUGGCGAGAAAGCGGACCUUGGAUUGCAUCGCUAGCUGCGGGAUGCGGCUUCUCUUUCAGAUGCUGCGACCUGAGGACGUAGCACUGAAGUGGAUGAAGGCAAAUGAGUGAGCGGAGAUGUGUAUCGGAUGUUUCAAAUCUCCUUACUUCACAUUACAUCGUCAGUGGCUUUGACGGCGACAAAUUUAAUUAUGUUUUGGUAUUGGUGUUCGUUUCAAAGUCAAAUUUGUUAGCUGGAGGAGGAUAAUAAAACAUAUUUCGUUAGAUCAAGAAUAAUUUUAACAGCCCAAAAGCCGGCCGAAUGCGAUCAUGACG